UCGGCAGCGCCGUCCCGACGGCCGCGUCGCGUCGCACCAGCCCAGCAGCCGAGGCGCCGCCGCCGCGGAUUCUGCAGUUCGCCGUGGCCGUGGCGUGUUCUCUGGCGAGUGGCAGAGGCCGAGCCCUGAGUCCGCCGUCGUAGCCGUGAGUGUCCGUCGCCGUCGGCCCGAUGGGAGCCGCGGCGCGUCCCCCGUGACCGUGCGUGAGUGACCUGAGGAAUGUUCAUCCCCGACACGCUGCGCAGCUGCAUGGUGGAGCCCGAUGUGUCGUCGUACCUGCAGACGCCGUCCUCGGGACAGGACGAGUUCCACCCCUUUAUCGAAGCGCUUCUACCCUUUGUUAAGUCCUUUUCCUACACAUGGUUUAAUUUGCAAGCGGCCAAACGGAAAUACUACAAAAAGCACGAAAAAAGAAUGUCACUGGAAGAAGAACGACAAUGCAAGGAGGCGCUUCAGAACGAAAAGGCGGAAGUUAAGCAAAAAUGGGCGUCCCGAUUACUGGGAAAGUUACGAAAGGAUAUUACGCAGGAGUGCCGCGAAGAUUUCGUUUUAAGUAUAACAGGAAAGCGACCGGCAGUUUGCGUGCUGUCCAACCCCGAUCAAAAGGGCAAAAUGCGCCGCAUCGACUGUUUGAGACAAGCAGAUAAAGUGUGGCGGCUCGAUCUCGUAAUGGUGAUACUGUUCAAGGCCAUCCCUCUGGAAAGUACGGACGGUGAACGGCUGGAAAAAAACCCGGACUGUUCACAACCGGGCCUGUGCGUCAAUCCAUAUCAUAUAAACGUCUCCGUAAGAGAAUUGGACCUUUAUUUGGCCAACUUCAUCAACAGUCACGAAAUUUUAAGUGGAGUGUGCUAUAACAAUAACAACAAGAAAGAGGAUGAUAGGAAAAAUAAAGUGACAGGGUAUACUCACAAUCCCUACAACGGUGUUAUAUGUAACGACAUAAUAUUAGCGACAGGAGUAUUUUCAUCAAAGGAACUAUGGAAGUUGUCCAAAUCCUCUAUCUUACACGAAUUAUCGGAUCCUCAGCCUAAUAUGAACAGCGUUAAAUUGGAGCACCCAGCGUACUACUGUAACAACUAUCCGGAACAGCCAGUGGUACCCGACAGAUCUUCGUCUGUCGACACUAUGGUUGUUUCUAAUACUUACUCCAUGCCACAAAACACCACGAUAGUGUCUUCCAGUUCUCAAGCGAGCCCGAAUGCUUUAUAUUAUCAACACAGUCCAGAGGUCCAACACCAUCAGCAUCAAAAUCCAGUAAAAUAUCCAGAAAAUGGCCACGACACCUUGUCAGAUUUCGUUACUUUUGUUUGUCAGGAAACGGAUAACAACCAGAACGCACAAAUGCAAUCGAGCCUCUCGAGAAGUCCUAAACCGCAAUAUUUCCCAUCUACGAUGCUCCCACCUCCACCGUUGCCUCCUAUGGCCAGGCCUGUACCAAUAAUUCGAUCGACAGGGGAAGUUUCCAUGGGCAGUACAAAUUCACCACCUCCAAGCAUAACACCCCCUUGCAACGAAUCAUCGCCAGGCGACGAUGUCCCCGAAAUCAACUCGUCGCCCCCUCUGAGUCCGGGAAGCCACGAGAGACGGAAGUCGCCGAUCCAGAGGAACUCCGUACCCACCAGUGGACCAUACUCGCCAGGCCGGGACUACACGUCCUUCAACCAUUUCCACGGGCAGCCAGGACAUCUUUUCAGCUAUCCCAGUAUGGGCCCGAUGUCUGGCGUUAUCAGUCCUACCAACCUCAGUAUGUACUCGCCCAACGUGAAUACGUCGAGAGAGGAUGUCUUGAUUACAGGCACCACGCGUUCUAGCAACAUCUCGAGGUGGACGACGACGCCGCUCUUCACCCUGGACCAGGAGGACUUCAUGAUAGCGCCGAGCUCAGAGCAGAGCGCCAUUAUCCUGAUGGAGGAGGCCGGAUCCGGAGGAGCUCCGGAGCACAGCGGCCAGUGUUGCACCGGAGCCACCCUCAUGUGUGACGCGGAUCGAUUCUUCCAGGCAGGGGACGGCUUGGACGGCAACCAGUCGGCCGGGAAUGGCCGGGAAACGGUUGAUCAGAUGCCUCAAACACCCAAGUCGCCCUAGCGUUGAGUUCCACAACGAACAAGAACUGCUUUUCGCAGACAAAUCCGCCAGUUUAUGUGUGACGUUUCGUUGAAUUCUCAUUAAUUUCCGCGCGGAAUUCGGUGCGCAAAAUCUCCCGCUAUGUCAGAUUGAUGCUGCCCUGACCUCACGCCUAAUUAAAUUUAACAUCAACCUAACAUUUUUUAGAGAUUGUAAACUGGUAGCGUCAAUCAGCAUCGCGCGAGACAUGACAUAGCUGCUCAAAUAGUGUAGAGAAAUUUAGGUUAGGUAAAAAUGUAUGUAUGUAUACUUUAGGUUGAUCACCGGUGCCAAUUGGGCCGAGCGAUUCUGUAUUUGAGGGACCAUUCGAUCGUCUUCGACACAGGCGUUUCGAGUGACUCGUCCUCAAAUUCGGCGUCGCAGUAACUCGGUGAAUUUUUUAGUCUACUGCGCCCAAAUCUAACCCCCUACGACAUAAAAGUUCGUCUUAUUUUUCGGCGUUUUAAGCGGUCUUUCAAAAAGACCGCGCUAUUAUAGAAUCACGACGGUCUAGGAUUACGUAAUUUUUCGAUAAAGUACUACAAGUGACCUUAAAGUUUACGAAUGAAAAGACUUUUUUGCCUGAUGUUUUACGGCUACUUUUUUAAUAGGUUUGACGUUGUAUAUAUACAUGAUCUAGUCGACUUAUAUUGUAUAUACACUUUAUUAUAGAGCACGUUUAUUUAGUGCUUUAAUAAAAUUUAUAAAAAAGCUCUUUUUAAAUUAAAUAUUUCGACGGAACUAGGUGUAGUUCAAAAUCAGUUAUGUGAUAAUUAUAUUUGUCUUUCCCUCUUAGUCAAAUUAACCCGUAUUAAGCAAUAUUUCGAGAACAAUAAUAUAAUUGGAAACAGCUAACAGUCUUAGUGAAAACCCUGGUAAAACUUUUCAAAUGCUUAAUUUCACGAAUCGUCGCUUGAAAUAAGACAUACGACACGGACAAGAAAUAGUUAUUGAGAGGGAAGAGAAUGUUAAAAACGCAGGGGGUGGUAUUUUGGAGCGCGUGCAAUUCCGUUCCUAUUGGGUAGAAUAUCCAGAGUUGCUUGUCUUCCACACUACGAAGAAACAGGGCUUGUUGCGAGAACAAGCUGAGCUGGAUCCGUGCCUUAGAAUAACAAUAAAUAAUAAUAUUGUUACCGUAGCUUAUAGAUAUUUCGUAGCUAUUGAAAAAAGCUUGCUCACUCAACUUUUUCCAGCUCAUACAAUUUUAGCACCUUACGUCCCUCACGAAUUUUUUAUCUUACCAAAUAAAAAAAUAUUUUUUUUACCUAAUUUUUUUUCUUUACGUAAUAUAUUACCGGAGUUUUCAGAUGCUGCAUCGUUUUCGUUCAUUUUUAUAACGAAUAUGUAAAUUAGACCGUUAUGAGCUUUCACUUCAACGGUAAAAAAAGUAAAUGAAAAUAAUUAAUUAAUAAUUAUAGUUGACGGUGAGUUUCAGUAGCUAAGUGAGAUAAACAAUUACGUGAUGGUGGAUGCAAUAGAUUAGUGGCCAUAUCGUGGCAUUUUUAGGUACCUUAUUAGACAUUUGCGUGCGAUCAAAUAUUACUUAUAAGAAAGAAUUACGCGCCAUAUAAUGGGGCAUAUUCUUUGAAACGCUUAACGCAAAAUAAAAUUAUUCCGUUCGAAAAAUCAAUACCCUUGCAGUUUUCCCACUACAGGAAAGUUAAUUAUUAAGAAUGUACAUUGUUUGAAAGGUCACUUUAUAGAUAUAUACUUUACCAGGUCCAAAAAAAAAAGAAUUUUGUGACUAGCGUUAAACAAUAAGAUCGUAGAAAAUUCUUUUUUAACGAAACAAGAUAUUUUUAAUAUUUCCAGGUCAGAAAUGUAAUAUCUCCAGGUCAAAAGUGCAACGAAAAAGAAUUUCCUACGUCGUUGUGAAGAAUAUUUGAUCGCGCUAUUAACGUAGCAGAGUAAUCCUGACUGAUAUUCCUACUCCCUCCGCUAAAAUCGACUAACAAAAUGGAUGCUCUGCCUUUAUUUAAUCACUUUGCCCUUUUAAUACCCAUCUUCGGCUAAUAAUAAAGCGUAGUUAACGCUUUCUAACUUUGUGUUGAGUAAAAUUUUAUUCAUCUUUUGCUCGUUGACAUUUUCGAUGCCGCAGAUCUUUUCGCAGAUGCGUAUAGAGAAUAAUAUAUUAUAUGAGCUGUUAUUUUUGAAAGUGGUAAUAAGUAAUAAGUCCAAUUUAAAAAAAAAUAGUUAUUGGUAGUUUCAUUCUUUCCAUAUUUAUUAACCAUACAUUCAAUGGAGUACGAUUUUUUAUUAUAAGCGAACAAAAGAAUUUUGCUAAUUUUAAUGCUAAUUUUAAAAGGCAAAUUAGUUUAAAAUAUCAUUUUUUUUAUUUAAAGAUCCUAACGACGUAAUUUUCAUUUUUAGAUUUUAAUAUAACUGAAAUUAAUUUUAAUAAACUUGGUUCGUGUAUUUAAAUGUCUCCAUUUUAAUUAUUACUUUUUACAUAAAAAAAACAUUUCAGUAAAGCUAAUGUCUAUAAAAACAUGGACUUAAAUUUACUCCUGUUUUUAUUUAUUGUAUUAUGUUAUUUUUGAAAGUGGUAUAAGGCCAUUUGGAGUUAAAAAAAUCGUUUAUUUUUGUAAGAAUUGUAAAAGAUUUUAUUUCAUUAUAAAAUUUAAAAGAUGUAGAGUGUUAAUAACAACUCGAAAAUCUUCAACUGUUAACAAUAACUCGAAAAAAUUAAGGUUUACGAAUAUUUUUAAAUUAAUUCAAAUGCAAAACCUUAAAUAUCUCGAUCAAUGGAAAAGUGGGCUUACCUAUAUCUUUUUCAAAAAUAACAGCUCAUAUCGGAAACUGAAUAAAAUAAAAUAAAAUAUAAACGAGCAACAGUUGGAACAGAAUAACGCCAAUUAAUGUCAAGUUAAUAGAUCUAAAUGUAUUCUUUCCGUAAUGCUUUGGCUAACACGGGUUCAGUUCGAAAAAUCAUGGAAUUGAACAAAGUGGAGUAAUAUUUUCGCAAUUUUUCAGGACAAUACCUUCAGUUAAAUUAUUUGUUAUACAGAGUUAGUUUUGUACUACUGUAUAUAUUCGACGAUAUUAUUUAUAUUAGUAUUUAGAUGGUUACGUUCUUCUUAUGUUGUACAAAUCGUUUGAUAUCAUUAUUACUUAACAUUAUAUUAAUUUGUUGAUUUAGUUUUUAGGUAAUUACUUAAUUAAGAUGAAACGAGGCAAUUCUGAUCGAUCUAUUGACUUGGGAGAAUAAACGUUAAAUUUUCAUGAUUAUUAUAAUUAUUAUGUAAAUAAUUAACAAAAAAAAAAAUAAGUCUAUACACUUAUAGAAUCGGGUGAUAUUUAACCAGUGCCAUUGAUAUUGUUGAUUCAAUUGUUGGACGUAUUAACUACGUCAAGUAGCAGUUAUUAUUAUUAUUAUAAUUAGUAGGCUUGUAAGAAGCAAUUUUUCUUUAAAUUCUAUAAAUAAAUCAGAGGGUUUAUUUGAUAAUAAA